CCGAGCUUCAAUCACACAAGUGCUUGCUGAAUGAAAGGAUCCAAAUAUGCACCGUGACGAACAAUGUAGUGCCUGAUCGUGUAUGUGAAGGCUCUGACCAAAAAAAUCUUGGUCCAAACCAGUGCUAAACGUAAGUACUUGGAUGCCCAGAAACGGAUCUUGCUAACAAUUUUGAUCUUGGGACCUUGUUCCUUGAGCGGACUUAUACGAGAAGGGACUCUACCAAUAUAAGCUUCAACGUUCGGUUAAAGACCUUGCCUUACGUCCCUUCCUUUGAACGAUUUUCUUAGAGACCUUGUUCAAUAUGGCCUUGGGAUGGUUCUCCGUGGCUCGUAUCACUCUCUUCUCACUGGCUAUCGCGUUCUCCCUCAUUGGAUUAGGCCUCAAUGCCUACUUCAUCUCGUUGACGGUGCCAGAUGAUUUCUACUUCACCUUCAGUGCUUUGGGACUUGCAACCGCGAUGUUGACGCUUUUUACCAUCCCGGUCAUGUUGAUCAUUGAUUUUAUACGACGUGGGGCGUUCACCUCCAUGGUUGUCUUCGAGCUCUCAUGGCUUUUCACCCUUGCGAUUCUGUGGGUUGCCACUGCUGGCGAAGCUGUCUCCACCUUCAACUUUUACUACCCUCGAGGUUGUAUUUAUGCGGAUGGUACCGAGGCCCAAACGUAUUGCCUGGAGUUGCAAGCAGUGGAGGCUUUCGCAUUCCUCAACUUCUUUAUAUUCUUGGGCUACACUGGCGUACUGCUGGUGUUUUCUAUCAUUGGAUCCACUCGCGGCAAUGGUGUCUGGACGUAUUCUGUCAAAGAGGCCACAUUCCUUGGGCAAAAAUCGCAGCCCAUACAACAGCAGGUUCCUCUGAGUCAGUACUCGCGCGCUCCUCCUACGGGGUAUGCUCCUGUUGUGCAGCCUCAGCAGCUAGGGACCUAUAAUACUCACAGUGGCACGUCUCCCCAAUCACACCAGACGCAAUCUCAGCAAUUCCAGCCAGUGUAUUCUGGCCAGCCACAGGGUAUUCCUGUUUAACAUGCAUGAUAGCUGCUUGCAGAUAAUCUGACUUGCGUGUCUGUCGUCUCUAUCUAUUGUGCCAAUGCAGUAAAUUAUAAUACCCAAUAAUAUGUUGCGUUCUUACAACAUAACUUCGAUGGCAUCAUGGUUAGGCCUUGCAAUCAGGUUUCUUUUACUAAUUGCUUUUUUGUCGUGCGUGAAUUGAGAAGAUCGG